AUGGAGAAGAGGCUUCGCUCGUCGCUGAAGACCUCAGCAGAAGAAUUCCUCUCAACAGCUAAAAAGCUAGGGUUUGCAAAAUCUACAAAAUCCACUCUCAAAUCCUUAAUUUACACCCUUACUCCUCCUUCUGACCUCGUUUCUUCCCUCCCGCCCUCUCUCCACCGCUCAAUUUCCCAAUCAAUUAACAAAUUUAAAUCGUUUUCCAGUUCAAGCCCCCAAACUUCCCCUCAGACUCCACCUACUAAGCGCGUCCGCCGUUCCUCCCGCCACCUGAAAAGCGAUGAUGCUUCUCACACCACCGAAAACGAAAAGAAAAGGCAGAAGGAAUCCGUCGUCGAAAAUCUCGAGAUUUACACGUAUAUUGCGUUCCUCUGCGUCACACAUCCGAAAGGUUCAUUUUCGGCUGCUGAUUUACUCCCUGGAGUUAGCGAGUUGCACGAUAAUUUAGUUAUAUUCGAGUCGGAUUCGACGUUGCUGUCGGAGAUUGCUAAUUUGUGUGAGGAGUGGUGGAAGAGGAAUUUGCCUGGAAAAGAAGCCCUAAUUUCGCAGUCAUUGCCUUUUCUGCUAUCGAGGUCAUUGACUUUAAAGAAGAAAGUGGACGUUCACAGGGUUUACAGUCUUCGAGAGGCGUUUAUUUUGUUUGAUUUUGAAGAUGAGGAAAGUAUCGAGGACUUGAAGAAUUUGUUAAUGCGUUGCGUGAUAUCCCCCUUGUAUUUUAAGACAGAGGAAGGAAGGAAGUUUAUCGCAUUUAUAUUUGGGCUGGGUGGGCAGCUAGUGACGGAGGCCUUGGCGAUGAUUAAGUCGCAGAUCCCAUUUGGAAGGAAAUCCAUGUUGGAAGCUUAUGGGGAGAUUGUUUUUCGGGCUUGGAAGUCCGUGGAAGGAGAGUCGAAGGACGAAAUCGAGAACGACUUUUUGCAGGGGUUGAUCGAGAGCGCUAUACAUGCUAGCUCCCCCGCAUUUGCUGCUUCUAUCAGGACGGUUUUGGGGGCGUUUAUCAUCCAAAGAACAACACAUGGGGUUGAGAAACUGCUCUUUAGGCUUGCCGAGCCUGUGAUCUUUCGUUCUCUUCAGGUAGCGAACUCCAAUGUUCGUCACAAUGCACUUCAUUUACUUCUAGACCUAUUCCCCCUUGAAGAUCCUGAUGCGACAAAGGAGGUUGAAGAUACGCUGCUUGAUAAACAGUUCUUUUUGGUGAAUAAAUUACUUACGGAUGAAUGUCCAGAUGUGAGAGUUGUGGCUGUGGAGGGUGGUUGUCGCAUACUUAACUUGUUUUGGGAAGUUAUUCCUACACCAUCCAUCACAAAGAUACUUACCAAAAUUUUUGAUGAUUUGACACAUGACAAUUGUACUGAGGUUAGGUUUUCCACGGUUGAUGGAAUCAUGUACCUUCUUGGAAAUCCUCAUUCCCAUGAAGUCCUUAAAGUACUUUUACCUAGAAUGGGGCAUUUGAUUCUGGAUCAUGCACUUUCAGUGCGCGUUGCUAUCAUGGAUCUGCUUCUUCUUGUAAGGGAUAUGCGGAACUUUCAGUUUCAUAAGGUGGUGCAGUUAGAACUACUGUUGUCUUCACUUGCAAAUGAUCACCCUCUUGUUGCUCAGAAAAUCACAAAACUUCUUAUACCAUCAUAUUUUCCCUCUCAAGUAACCCAGGAAGAAGCAUGUAAUCGCUUUAUUGCACUCAUAAGAAGGUGCCCUGUUGCUGGAGCAAGAUUUUGUGAGUUUUGUGUAUCAGAGGGAGCAUCAUUGCAGUCCCUCAAGGAGCUUUUUGGUGUUCUCAUCCGUUUAACUCUGUCAUCUGAUCGGCUUGAUGCACAACAUAUGGAUGGUUUACUGACUGCUGCUUCCCACCUUUGUGACAAUUUAGUAAAUGAUCCAUCUACCAAGGCUGCAAUGAAGGAGGAAGUGAAUGGUGAAAAGCUGAAGCGAAUUUUUGCUGCUGCGCCUACUACUCAUGCCAAAUCUUGUGUUUGCAACAUUGUUACAGCCAUUUCUCCUGAUGCCGUGGAUGGCCUUUUCAAAGAUUGCUUGGGACUGAUUAUGAAUUGCAGUGCUAUAUGCAGUGAUAUGGACAGGCAAGUUGAACUUAGGUCUGCUCAUAAGAUGGUCUUGUCUUGUGAUUGGUUUGAUCUGAUGUUUGAUGCCAUGACAAAACAUUUGCAAAAAACUGCACAUGACUGCCAUGUCGGAUUUGGAAUAGAACAAACAAAAUUUAUUGAUGCCUCUGCUAAAAGGAGGAAAACUAAAUCUACCUCGAGAGCCUCAUCAAAGUUGGGAGAUGACGAGAAGAAAAGAUCAUCCAAGUUUGUCAAAAGUAGAUUUUAUGAGGAUUAUGCUAUUGCUACAGGAAUAGCCUGGCAAAUAAAGGAACUACUUUUAUCUGAAAAUAUGCGGACUGCAAUAUUAACUUCUAGGAAUUUGGAAGCUGCUUUUGAUGCUUUGAAGGUGAUAUCUGAGGUUAGCAUCUUGCAAUGCUUACAGUGCGAUACUAUGAGUGCUUCUCCAGUAUUGGCAUAUGCAACUCUCACCCUACAUAUGUCUCUGCAACAUGUUAGCACAAUUGGAAAUACACAUUCUAGCUUCAGGGAAGGAGAAUGUUUAGACUCUUCAGAUUCACCUCUUGAGUCCAUUUCGAGGAAUACUGUUUUGGACUCAACGUUCAAUCAUUUAUUUAAUUGUACAUAUAAGGUAGUCAUGGAAGAUGGAUGUGUGAAGUACACAGAUUUGCAAACUGAUAUGCCUAGACCAACUCAUGAUGGAUCCAGCUUCAUUAAACCAAAAAGGAUAUCAAAUAUGUUGAAGGUGCUAACUGCAGUACUCAAGCUCAUUGUUGAUGCAAUUUCCAUUGAAAUUGCUGAUGAUAAUGAAGAAUUAUGUAUGAAGUUUGCAAUGACAUGCAUAAAGUUCAUGAUGUUUAAUUUGAAAAAGUAUUCCAACACUCAGCUGCAGUUCACAGAAGAAGGCUUGAGAGAAACAUUUGUUUGUUUGAGGAGUUCGUUCAGUUAUGUUGCCAAGUUUCUCAGCUUAUUGCUAAAAAAUUCGUCCAAAGCUUCCCUUCUUUUACCAGCACCAUGCAACCUGGCGAAUGAGUUGUUUAACCUUUUUGCUUCAGUUGAAGAAUGCUUAGGCUAUGGAUAUGCAGCUCGGCUUAUUACAGCAGUGAAGCCAUGGGUGCCCGACUUAAUUUUAGCACUAGGAUCAAUCCACCUGCUGAAACAGACUUCGGGAGGGACCGCAUCUGACUGUGAUGCAUAUAUUUUUUCCUUAUGGACAACCACUCUAGCAAAGAUCGAGUUCUAUGAACUUCAAGGCGUUGCCUCAGAUGAGGAGGCAGUUCGCGGAUCUAAAUCUGAGCGGUUUUCUGCAUUGAGGAAACUUCUGGGAAUAAUGGUUCAACUGUUAAGAACAAACCCUGAUGUACUAGAUGCUGUGGGAGUGAUUUUCUUGAAUGGUUUACUUCUUGGGCUAGAUAGAAAGGAAUUUGAUCAUGUACUGGGCAUCCUGCAUUUCGUCUGCAUGAAGUUAGUCAGGCAUCACGAGGAAUGGGGGGGACUGAAGCUAAUGUUGGCCUCUGUCCAAAGCAUAUAUCCUCGAAUCGAGGUGGAAGCACAGGAGUUAAGAGACAAUGCGGAUGGAAGGCAGCUGCUGAAGAACGCCAGAGCAUUGCUCGAACCUGUUUGGCUGCAUUAUUUAUCUGGUGAGCACAGGAAUCAAAUGGGAGAGGACUGAAAGUGUGUCGUUGCUGUUUGUAUUAGGAAUAUGGCCAUUGGGACACGUUAUACGUAUGUCCGUGGGUCGGGUAAACCUAAAUUUGGUUAAUUAGCCCGAUCCUAAUAAGUUGUAAUUUAAUCAAACCAGAUCAAUGUCGAGUGUCUAAAUAUUAAAGUAAAAUUGUAUCUUCGUGAAUGUACUGAAUUUGAA